AUGGAUCAAGAUAAUAAUAGAAAUAAUGACAGCAAUAGGCUGCACCCAACUAAUAUGCAUUCAAACCUGGGAUCUCCAACAUGGCUAAAUCCUAUCAGUAGUGAUUUUGACAAUACCAAUAACAGCAGCAAUCCUAAUACACACAUAAGACCACAAAUGCCAUUACGAAGCAGAGAACCAACGAUCCCAGAGAGGAAUGCAAAUGAAGUUAACGAUCAAACGCUAAACAAUAUAUUCAGAUUUGAUAAUGCUCAACGGGAAACGCUCUCGCCGAAUAACAAUGGACAAAUGCUAAAUCAACGCUUUUCAUUGACAUUUCAACCACAGCAACAAACAACUGCGUUGAAUGGGAUAGAUAUAAACACUGUAAACACAAACCUUAUGGACGGUGUUAAUGUCCAAAUGGAUCAGCUAAAUCAAUUGUUACCUAAUUUACCAGAAGAAGAACGGAAACAGAUUCAUGAAUUUAAACUGAUCGUGGGAAAAAAAAUUCAAGAGUUUCUGACUGUCAUAGAAAAGCGAAGGAAAAAGAUACUGAAUGAAAUUGAGCUCGAUAACCUUAAAUUAAAGGAACUGCGUAUCGACAAUUCUCCACAGGCAAUCAGUUAUUUGCAUAAAUUACAAAGAAUGAGAUUAAGAGCACUGGAAACCGAAAACAUGGAAAUUAGAAAUUUAAGGCUAAAGAUUUUAACGAUCAUAGAAGAGUACAAAAAGUCAUUAUAUGCAUAUUGUCAUUCCAAAUUAAAAGGCCAGCAAAUGGCCAACCCCACAGAUAGUUUUAUCGUUUGGAUAAGCUCCAUAGAUACUAAUGAGUCGUCAGAUUUGAAAGAGGGAUUACAAGAUCUUUCCAAGUAUUCGAGACAAUUUAUUAAUAAUGUUCUUUCGAACCCAUCAAAUCAAAAUAUGUCCAUAAACAUGACUCGAAGGACAUCUGUGUUUGCUCUGAAUAUGUUACCCUCGGAGAUAUUACAUUUAAUACUAGAUAAGCUCAACCAGAAAUAUGAUAUUGUGAAAUUUCUUACUGUUUCCAAACUGUGGGCUGAAAUUAUUGUGAAGAUACUCUAUUAUAGACCACAUAUCAACAAAAAAAGUCAGCUAGAUCUUUUUUUGAGAACAAUGAAAUUAACUUCCCAUGAAACUGUAUUUAACUAUCGUUUAAUGAUCAAGAGACUCAACUUUUCAUUUGUCGGCGACUAUAUGCAUGACAUAGAAUUAAAUUACUUUGUCGGCUGUGAGAACUUGGAGAGGUUGACCUUAGUGUUUUGCAAGCAUAUCACCAGUGGACCAAUAUCCGCCGUGCUGAAGGGAUGCAAAUUUCUCCAAAGUGUUGAUAUCACUGGAAUAAAGGACGUUUCUGAUGAUGUUUUUGACACUUUGGCAACAUAUUGUCCCAGAGUGCAAGGGUUUUAUGUUCCUCAGGCGAGGAGCGUAACUUUUGGUUCACUGCGGAACUUCAUAGUCCACUCUCCAAUGUUGAAAAGAAUAAAGAUCACAGCAAACAGUAACAUGAAUGACGAAUUAGUGGAAUUAUUGGCCGAUAAGUGUCCUCUGCUUGUAGAAGUUGAUAUAACGUUAAGUCCAAAUGUCACAGAUUCUAGUUUAUUAAAACUUCUCACAAAAUUAGUCCAGUUAAGGGAAUUCAGGAUAACCCAUAAUACGAAUAUAACAGAUAACCUUUUCCAAGAGCUUUUCAAAGUAGUUGAUGAUAUGCCCUCCUUAAGAUUAAUUGAUCUUUCUGGAUGUGAGAAUAUUACAGAUAAAACCAUAGAGAGAAUUGUUAAUUUGGCUCCCAAGUUACGUAAUGUCUUUCUAGGAAAAUGUAGCCGAAUCACAGAUGUAUCACUGUUUCAGUUAUCUAAACUGGGUAAAAACUUACAAACUGUGCAUUUUGGUCAUUGUUUCAAUAUCACUGACAAUGGAGUAAGAGCGCUAUUUCAUUCAUGUACGAGAAUACAGUAUGUGGAUUUUGCAUGCUGUACGAAUUUAACUAAUAGGACUCUUUACGAAUUGGCAGAUUUACCCAAAUUGAAGAGAAUUGGCCUUGUCAAAUGUACGCAAAUGACUGAUGAAGGAUUGUUGAAUAUGGUUUCCUUGCGGGGGAGAAAUGAUACUUUAGAAAGAGUACAUUUAUCUUAUUGUUCUAAUUUAACAAUAUAUCCGAUAUAUGAGCUAUUAAUGUCUUGUCCCAGGCUUUCACAUUUGUCUCUAACCGCAGUUCCAUCAUUUCUGCGUCCUGAUAUAACCAUGUAUUGCAGACCUGCGCCGUCCGACUUUAGUGAAAACCAACGUCAAAUCUUCUGUGUAUUUUCAGGGAAAGGUGUACAUAAGCUUCGCCAUUAUUUAGUCAAUUUGACCUCGCCUGCAUUGGGACCACAUGCUGACGUAAACGAUGUUUUGACAAAAUACAUCAGAUCCAAGAAUUUGAUAUUUACUGGUGAAACACUUGAAGACGCAAUUCGGAGGAUUAUAAGUGAUUUGAAUCAAGAUUCUGCUGCUAUUAUAGCUGCUACGGGAUUAAAUCAAAUCAACGGAUUAAACAAUGAUUUUCUUUUCCAGAAUAUCAAUUUCGAACGAAUAGAUGAAGUCUUUAGCUGGUAUCUCAAUACUUUUGAUGGUAUAAGAAUGAGUUCGGAGGAAGUUAAUUCACUUUUAUUGCAGGUAAACAAGACAUUUUGUGAAGAUCCAUUCAGUGAUAUCAAUGAUGACCAAGAAUAUGUUGUGGCGCCUGGAGUAAACCGUGAAAUAAACAGUGAGAUGUGUCAUAUUGUAAGAAAGUUCCAUGAAUUGAAUGAUCAUAUUGAUGACUUUGAGGUAAAUGUUGCUAGUUUGGUAAGAGUUCAGUUCCAGUUUACUGGAUUUUUGCUCCAUGAAAUGACUCAAACCUAUAUGCAAAUGAUUGAACUGAAUAGACAAAUCUGUUUGGUGCAAAAAACAGUACAGGAAUCGGGAAAUAUAGAUUACCAAAAGGGGAUUCUAAUAUGGCGACUUUUAUUCAUUGACAAAUUCAUUAUGGUGGUACAAAAAUACAAGCUUUCUACCGUAGUUCUAAGGUUAUAUCUAAAAGAUAAUAUCACAUUAUUGACUAGACAAAGGGAAUUAUUAAUAGCACAUCAAAGGUCAGCAUGGAAUAAUAACAAUGAGAAUGAUGCUAACCGAAACACCAACAGUGUCAGAGAUAUUGUGUUGGAUGCUGGAGCAAAUGACAUCAAUGACAUUGAAGUUAAUAGUGGAAAUGAUGACAAUGAAACAGAAAAUCCAAAUUUUUGGGGCCAGUUUGGAAAUAGAAUGCAAAUAUCACCGGAUCAAAUGAGAACUUUUCAAAUGGGACUUCGAAAUCAGGAUAUGGUUAGGAACAACAACAACAACAAUAUGAAUGAAUCAAUACCUGAUACUGCCAUUGAUUCUCAAAUGGAUGACGCUUCAGGAACGCCUGAUGAAGAUAUGUUAUAA